AUGCCUCGCAAGGCCUUUGUGGCAGAUAUACAAGCCGCUGCGGCGCAAAGUAUCCCAGGUAUUACAUCAGUCACAAGAGGCGCCGACGACAAUGACGUUAUUGUGCUCUUCACACCAGCCUCUGGGCUACCCAUCGAGAUUACCGUUAUGGUAACCCCAGAUGUUGCUUCUUACCCCACCGAAAGCUCUUUCAUGCUCUGGACGGACACCCCAGGUGUGUCUCAAGCAGCCACGGAUACCAUCCAGGACAUUACAGCAGGUUCCACUGGCCUUCUUGUUCCAGAUUUGGUCAAUACCAUAUCAAGAAGACUUUCUCGAGCCCUGGCCACUGGCGCUCGCAAUGACCCGGUCAGCAUAGAUGAUGAUGUCGAAAUGCUUGAUGUGCAACAAUCUGGUGACGGUACUGAUGCUUCUGAUACCGACUACGGCUAUGAGUCCGAUCACUUUGGCAUCGAGGGUGGUCAUGUUCCGGGCAACGGUGCGUCAAAUGCAACGAUCAGCCUGGCUCCUGAGGCGGCGGCAAAGAUGAACAGCCGUAUUCGACAAGAUCUCCGGUCUGCCAAGUUUGCAGGUUUCAGCAUCGGGAUCUUGAGUGGUAUGAAGGCCGAUUCUGUUAACAGCAUGUUGAGCUUGUCUAUUCGCAUCGCAAAGCUUGGACUUUCAGAGGAGGCUCUUCAGGCUUGGGAUCUAGAACCGCACCAAUACAUCGUGCUGAUUAUUCGAUACAUGAGCGGCUACAAGCCCUUUGACUCUGUCAUCUUGGAGGCUGCUAAGAACCUGGACAUCUCGUUUCGCAUCGGAGUUAGCAAGCAGUACAAGCCAAGCUUGGUCGAAGCACUUGCAGCCUUCACAGACAUUACCAGAAACGCGGGUGUAUCGACUUCAGAACAAGCUAGCGGAGACGGCGAACCGAGCAGUAAUAAUGUUGCCGGGUUCUCCAAUAUGUUCAUCAGCAGUUCGCUCAAUGACUUCGUCAACGGUCAAUUCAUAUCUCUGCUCAAGAUUCGGAGCUUAGUAGGACUCGGCUGGGAUGGAGCCAAACGAUAUUUCAAUGACAAGCAAGGCAGACUUGAUCAACAAAGCAAUGACCUCCCCGAUAUCUACUAUCAAGAGACCACGAAACAGGAUAGCACACUUCCAGGUGUUGUAACUGCAGAUCAUUUAAGCGAUCAAAAAUCCUCUCAUCUUUCGGUACCUUUGCUAGCAGCCCAAUUCUGCAUGAGAUAUCUGACUCGCUGUACCGAGUUCUGUCUUGUGUGCCACGACAAGAUUGAAGAAGAGUUUGAGGCAUUGAAACCUUACGGCAACAAGCCUCUAUGCUUGUAUCAAUACAUGUCUCUAGGGUUCGGUCCAAGCGUUGAGCACGAGAUUCUGACCCAGCCGUACGUGGUUGAUCUACUGGUCAGCUUCUGUUAUACGAGUGCUUUUAGUCAAAGAUUGAGAGAAUAUCCAACUGGCAUGAGCCUUAUGGUCCCUCCAGUGGUCAAUCGUAUCACACAAGCAUAUGCGAGUUAUGGCAUGCGUCAAAUCCCGCAAUCCUCAACUGCUGCAGUCCCUGUAGCUUCAGCUGAUCUUGGCGGUCUCGUCCUUGAUGUCCUGUUUGACACCGGUCGACAAGAGCUGCUCUUCGAAGCAGGUCAAUCUCCAACACUUCGUGUUGGCGAUUGGCUCGUUGUAAAUCUUGUUGGUCGAAAUGCCGAGCACUACCGAAUCGAAGAUGUCUCAUUGUUCCCUACGAUUAGAUUAUCUGCGGCAGUGAGCCAGACUGGAAAUUUGAGCAACGGACUUCCGUCGAGAGAUCCUACAGUAAAUCUUGCCACACCAGCUACCACACCGCCACCCACCGCUGUUGUGCCUGCGCAAAUAGCCCCCUAUAACCAAAACUUCGACGAUAUGACAGAUCCAAGUAAGGCAGAGACUAUCGUCACGCUGUUGCAAACUCUACCAAGUGUCAAGGAUAUGCGAGCCUACCUCGUUCAACAAAGCCGCUAUUCUGAGCCAAGUCUGAAAGCUUGGAAAGAACGGAUCUCUCCAGCUGCACUGGGACUCCUGCGCUGGGUCAUUGCCUCUAAUCGUUCAUGCAUUGUCCAAGUCGACAAAUGUCCGGGUCAGGAGGAUAGCGAUGCAGCUGUGGCUAAGCUUAGACUGGAUCAGAGAGUCUCUAACAUAUCCGACAAUUGGGUUCAAUUCCGCUUCGCGCAAGGUUCUCCCGAUAAGGAACAGAGAUUCUAUAAUGCCUUGAAAGCUCAGCAAAGCCAGGCAGAGCUCAGCUCCACCUGGCCAACGAUCUGGGCUUGGCACGGAAGUCCAUUGCAAAACUGGCAUAGCAUCAUUCGAUCAGGGCUCGACUUCAAAGAGGUCCUUCAUGGAAGAGCCUUUGGUGCAGGAGUGUAUCAUGCUAUGGACCAGGCGACAUCCACUGGGUACGCACAACAAGGUGGCACAAUCUGGCAUGGUUCCGAGUUGAAGAUCUCGUCAGCAAUGAGCUUGAAUGAGAUUGUCAACUGCCCUACCAAAUUCUCGAGUUCGAACCCGUAUCUUGUCGUCCAGUUCGUCGACUGGAUCCAAUGCAGAUACCUAUUUGUGCUAUCGCAGGCAACAAGUGAUGGAUCCUAUAAUACUGGUGCCAGUUCAUCUACCGUCAGCCGUGAACCCAAUCCACAUCAAGAAGUUGCGCAGGACCCAAAAUAUACAGCCAAAUCAACACUCAGUAAGCCUAUUGGCGUCCCGAAAUGUGCUGCCACAAUCUCGAGGACAUUUCGUCAUGAUGCAAAAGCUGCUUCUCCCACAAAUAAGCGCCAUAAGAAUAGCAUGUCAACCACUACAACUGAUCUCCAAGAUUGGGCUGUCAGCGAAGAGGAGAUAGAUGACAUCCAAUUUCUCAUGACUGAGGAUGAAGAUGAACAUAUCAAGGGCAAAGGAAAAGCUAGCACUGUCUUGUCGACCCCGAAAGCAGAUGCGAAGCCAUUGACAGACUUUGUUCCUGGCUCUCUAGAUCAGUCAACCCUGCCGAUGUUGGAACCUCCUGCUUAUGCCACACCUUCGGCCACAAAGAGUCUCAACAGAGCUUUACAAGAGGUCUUGGCGAUCCAAAAUAAGAUCCCAUUGCACGAACUCGGCUGGUACCUCGACCAGGAAUUGAUCAGCAACGUUUACCAGUGGAUCGUUGAGCUACAUUCAUUCGAUGCGGAUCUUCCACUGGCCAAAGAUAUGAAGGCUGCCGGGCUCACGAGUGUCGUGCUUGAGAUCCGAUUUGGCAAGGACUUUCCAUUCAGCCCACCGUUUGUUAGAGUUAUUCGGCCUAGAUUCCUCUCGUUUAUGGCAGGCGGAGGCGGUCACGUCACAGCUGGUGGAGCCAUGUGCAUGGAGCUGCUGACUAACACCGGCUGGAGCUCUGUGUCUACCAUUGAGAGCGUCCUGCUUCAAGUUCGUAUGGCCAUCUCGAGCACUGACCCAAAGCCUGCUCGAUUGGAAUCUCAAAAUCAUGGCAAGCAACGCGAUUAUGGUACUGGGGAAGCCAUCGAAGCAUUCAAGCGUGCCUGUCAUACUCAUGGAUGGACUAUUCCACCCGAGUUUGACAAUUUCAGGGAGACUGCUGGCGCGAGUGGUUCUUUUGGCGUCUAUGGCUCUUGAUUUGGAAGAAGGGUGUCGGAGAGGAGAUAAGUGGCAUAUGGAAAGUUGAUGAUACCAUGCAAACCAGUGCGACUAGAUGUCGCUAAUGUGGCGUUUUCGAGGGCAUUUCAAGGAUUUCCUUCAGCGAGUCAAUCUUAAUGGGCAUUGCAGGCGUUAAUGGCCAAAAGGAGAGUUCAUGAUACCUAACCUAGUCAGCGAAUAGACAGCCAGCAAAAAAUUGAAGAAAUAAAAGUCGCAAAUAUUCC